GCCCACUCUUCAGGUCACGUAAUUGACAUCUGCGUCUUUCAUCGACGUAAACAAACUUGUCAUUGAAAAAGUCCUUGGCUUUUAAGUCGCCGGAUGGCGGAAAUAACACUGACACUGAAAUCCCUAGUCUGAUUUCAGAUUGGGUCGAUUUCACGCAGGUUCUUUGGAAUUUCCCCAGACUGCUGGCCUGUUUUCUACCCUGAUUCCUUAGGUGGCUUCUGGGACAGAAUUAGGGUUCUCUACGUAUUUGCUUGCACGUGGGUUUACUGAAAUGGCCGCCACUGUACGAAGUCCGUUCUUCCCGCGUAACUAACAAGAGCCCAUACCAACUUGCAACGCAGCCGUGCACACUGCCGCAGCAGUUGCCGCGAUCACGACCUUUCAAAACCGCUCCGCAGACCUCGCAAAGAGGCUCGUGGCUCCCGCCUUCCGGUGCCUCAGUACCUGCCAGUCGCCGCCCAACGCCGUCCGGCUGUUCCCCGUUUGCACUCUCCCUCCGCCUACCCUGCUUCUUCUACCCGCCGGCUCCCAGUUCUCCCGUCCUGCUCCGCGCAGGCUGCGGCUGUUCCGUCAGCGGCGGCUCCUCCUCCCAGACGCAGAGCGCCGCUCUGCCCCGCCUCCUGCGCAGGCUGCAGUCCCUACAUCCGGGUACCGACUCCAGCCGCCUAGACGCUGGCACUAUGGUCAUGGCGGAGGGGACGGCAGUGCUGAGGCGGAACAGGCCGGGCACCAAGGCGCAGGAUUUCUAUAAUUGGCCUGAUGAAUCCUUUGAUGAAAUGGACAGUACACUAGCUGUUCAACAGUAUAUUCAACAGAACAUAAGAGCAGAUUGCUCCAAUAUUGACAAAAUUCUUGAACCACCUGAAGGCCAAGAUGAAGGUGUGUGGAAGUAUGAACAUUUAAGGCAGUUCUGCCUUGAGCUAAAUGGACUUGCUGUCAAACUUCAGAGUGAAUGCCAUCCAGAUACUUGCACACAAAUGACAGCAACUGAACAAUGGAUUUUUCUUUGUGCAGCUCAUAAAACUCCAAAAGAGUGUCCUGCUAUAGACUAUACUAGACACACACUUGAUGGUGCUGCAUGUCUUCUGAAUAGCAAUAAAUAUUUUCCCAGCAGAGUUAGCAUAAAGGAAUCAUCUGUAGCGAAACUAGGAUCAGUAUGCCGUAGGAUUUACAGAAUAUUUUCACAUGCUUAUUUUCAUCAUCGGCAGAUAUUUGAUGAAUAUGAAAAUGAAACAUUUUUGUGUCAUCGGUUUACUAAAUUUGUGAUGAAAUACAAUUUGAUGUCCAAGGAUAACCUGAUUGUACCAAUUUUAGAAGAGGAAGUACAGAAUUCAGUUUCUGGGGAAAGUGAAGCAUGAAGGGAAUCAUAUGGAAAAAUGUACUGAUCAUAUAAUUAACGUUAAUUAUGUACUGUAUAUAUCAUUUUAGACACAUCAAUCAUGUAUCCAUAUUAUAGCUUCUUUGUUUAGUAUAGGUUUUUGUAUGCUGGGUUUGCCUUUUAAAAUGGGAAAUACUUUUUAAGUUAUUCAUAAGCUGUAUAUUCACCAGUGUGGCACUCAUGGUUUUUAAAUAAGAUUAGUAUUAUCUGUUUAUAAUGCCUGUUAAUAAAAGAAUUUACAGUUUGGUAAAAUUGCUGCUAAACAAUCAUUGGAUCACAAUCCUCAUCAAACAAACCCAUCUGUAAAAAAAUGAUUGAGAGCUUGAGGUUUCACACAAGCCAUUUACUGAAGAGGUAGAAAUGUUUUCCAUUGGUUUUACCUUGAGUUUAGAUAUCCUAAAAAAUUCUAUAGUACAUAGUUUUGUCUUACCUGUUAACUUUCCCCAAUUGAGAUAAAAGUGUUUUAAAAUUCUGUUUCUAGUUUUUGAUAUGCAUAUAUAAUUAUGUGUAUAUCUAAAUACAAAUGCAGAUGAAGCAUUAGUAAUACUUAAAUAAUUUUACUGUGUAACAUAAAGUAUAACAUACUUGGAAAGGAUUUACCUUUCUGCAACAAUGGACUGGUACAUACAGGAUGAUCAUAAUGAUAAGGCACAUAAAUUAUGUUCUCACUGGAAACCUGCCCUGUCCACCCCUUCUCAUUUCCCUUAACCUUAUCCUCAAAAUACUUUAACUGAGAAGCUUUUCACCAGACUGAGUUAGUGGUGGCUUAUACCUAUUUAUAUUUGUAUUAAUUGCUUACAGAUUAUACCUCAUAUUAGCAAUUACAUUACACUACAAGAAAAUGUAUUUGCAUAGGCUCUUGCUUAUCUUUCUUUUGCAAAAAUUAUUCUACUUAGAAAACAGUCCUUAAAAUAGUUUGACUCUUCCUGUUAGUAAUAUUAAGCUUUCAUUUAACCAGCUAGGCAGCAUUAAAUAGAAUUGAAGAAAUACUAUAGUAUUUAUUUUACACCCCCUCUCCCAUGAAGUUUAUGUUUGAAUUACAUGCACGUGUGAGAUUAUUUGCAAUAAUUCAUAGCUUCCAAGGGUAUUGAUGAAUAGUCAUACAGUUUUUGGACUUUGUUAUAAUUCAUUGUGAUAAGAAUAAUUCAAAUGCAGAUUUAACAAUCUUAUAAUCUAUUGAAUGCCAUUUUUGAUAAAGCACUGGAGGUCUUAUUGCCAAACUGAUUGUAAUGAGGCACUAAGGGUGAAAACAUUGUACAUGUUGUGAAGAAAGUAUUUAAAUCCAACUUUUGAACAGAUUUAACAAACAUGAGGAACUUCUUUUUUAUUUAAAAGGGUAAUUUUGAAAUGAAGAUGAAAAUGUAUUCAUCUUAAUUGUUUUUUCAAAUUUAAGGGAAUAAUUUAUACCAUCUUUUAAGACAAGAAUGUACAGCAAAAAUAUGGGGAACAGUAGUAUACUGAGAGUGUGUGUAUAUAUCAUGUAUGCCUUUCCAAGCUUGCCAGUCUUUUUGGCUUUUAACAGUUCCCACCAGCCACAGUCAUUACUGUUCCCCAACCCACAACUAGCUUUUAAGAAGUCUUAUGUUCACAGUGAAAGGAAUGUUGACUUUGAAAUUAUGGAUUUAUAUUAAUGACACUAUGAACCAAUGGUAAUGGUAAUUUUUAAACAAACUUGCUAAAUAUUGAGAGACUAAACUACUAAGUUAAUAAAUUAUAUAUAGCAGUGUAGCUGUUCUCUCUAGAUGGUGUCUCACAAUGGAUUUCUGUUGCUUGACUAUUUUCCUAGUGAAUAUUUAUACUAAGGUAGUGACUGAGAUUUGGUGAUCUGGCUGAGUAUUUUGAAACACAUUUUGAAUAAUAUGGCUUAGUCUUAACGGGGAAUUAAAUAUGAUUUUUUUCUUACUCAUUUCACCUUCCCUGUAUUGUAUGUUUGGAAUUGAUCAUAAAACAGCUCCAAAAGAAAAUAA